AUGUGCUGGAAACCAGUCAAAGGAGUAUCAGCAGUGCAAAAAAAGUUGUCGAAAGGUACUCGGGUCAUAAUUUUUCACGCUGGUGGAUGUGAAGGAUUUGUUCCAAAUGCUAGUUUGGUGUAUAAAGCAAACUACACAAGAGGAGAUUAUCACGACAACAUGAAUCUGGAUAAUUAUAAGAAAUGGCUCACCACACAAUUACUGCCCAAUCUCCCGGUAAAGGCUGUCAUCGUUGUGGAUAACGCUUCUUACUACAAUGCUUUAUUAGAAAAAGCUCCCAACUCCAACUCAAAUAAGCAAGUCAUGCAAACGUGGCUUGCAGAAAAAAUAUUCAGUUUGACGAAUCAAUGA